AUGGAUGCGCGUCGCGCCUCGCGAACCUUGAUCGACCCCAAGGUCCGCCAAGUCGGCUUCUUCACCCCCAACGCCGAUACCGCACCCAGUCGGACCCUGUCCGGUCCGCCAAUCACGAGCUCACCUCCUCUCCCCGAAUCUCCGGCGAGCAACUCCCUCUAUCCUGUCAUGAUCCCUCCGUCGCGUCACCUUUCCGACACCGUCGCGAUCCGUACGGCCGCCUUGCCGGUGCCAGAAUCGGCGUCAUGGCGCAAGGAAGCCGGGGAGCGCGUGCCGGUGGGCAGCUACAACCCCUCGGAGUCGUUGUUAGGUACCUCGCCGGUGACAGCCUCGCCUUCUAGUCGGGUUGGAGAUGGGACACUUGAGUUCUCGGACGAGUCCUCGGUCCGAUGGUAUCGGCGGAGCGACUCCGGAAAGUUGGCUUCGAGUUUUCCCGGCGGAGGAUUCGACUCGGCCACAGUGAAAGCUCCUCUUCAAGUUCCUGAAAAGAGCGGAGAGGAGGUUUCAAAGGAGCAAAAGGAAGUUCCAUCAAAUUCAGAACCCUUGAAGUCCAAGACAACAACAAAAGCUGAAAGGCGUGCCUUGCAGGAGGCUCAACGCGCUGCAAAAGCUGCUGCUAAAGCUGAGGGGAAAAAACCUGCUGCUGUAUCUCGGGGUGGGGCUCCUGGUAAGCCUGCAAAGCAGUCUGUGCAAAAGAAGGAUCCUCCUCCAGUUGCAUCUUCGGUGGCUGCUUCUGACAAGAAGGGGGGUGAUCGACCACCAGAGAAAGAAAGGAAGAAAGAUGUUCCUGCGCCACGUAUGCAGUUUGAUGAUAAGAACCGAGUGGAUAAGGCAAAAAGGCGUGCAGUGGUCAAUCAGACUGAAGCUAAAAACAGAGUUGAACUGUUCCGGCAUUUGCCUCAAUAUGAACAUGGAACUCAGCUUCCUGAUCUUGAGUCAAAGUUUUUCCAACUUGAUCCUAUGCAUCCUGCCAUUUAUAAGGUUGGACUGCAGUAUUUGGCUGGAGAAAUAUCGGGGGGUAAUGCUCGUUGUAUCGCAAUGCUUCAAGCAUUUCAGGAAGCCAUUAGAGACUACACCACACCUCCAGAGAAAACCCUUGUCAGAGAUUUAACAGCAAAAAUUAGUAGUUAUGUCUCAUUUUUCAUUGAAUGCAGGCCACUUUCGAUUAGCAUGGGAAAUGCAAUUAGGUUUCUGAAGAGUCGUAUUGCCAAAUUGCCCUUGACUCUAUCUGAAUCUGAAGCGAAAUCUACACUUUGUUCAGAAAUUGACCGUUUUAUAAAUGAGAAGAUAAUACUUGCGGAUAAGGUGAUAGUUAGGCAUGCUGCUACGAAGGUCAGGGACGGGGAUGUCCUUCUCACAUAUGGAUCAUCAUGUGUUGUUGAGAUGCUGCUGCUAUAUGCCUAUGAACUGGGGAAACAGUUCCGUGUUGUGGUAGUAGACUCACGUCCGAAGCUUGAAGGCCAAGCAUUACUUCGCAGGCUAGUGGCAAAGGGUCUGAGUUGUACAUAUACUCAUAUAAAUUCUGUGUCUUAUAUCAUGCAUGAAGUAACACGAGUGUUUUUGGGAGCUGCCUCGGUAUUAUCUAAUGGAACUGUAUAUUCGAGAGUAGGAACUGCUUGUGUUGCUAUGGUUGCUCAUGCAUUUUGUGUUCCAGUCUUAAUUUGCUGUGAAGCUUACAAGUUUCAUGAAAGGGUACAGCUUGAUUCAAUUUGCUCUAACGAACUAGGUGACCCAGAUGCUAUUGCGAAGGUUUCUGGAAGAACUGAUGUAAAUUAUCUGGAUAAUUGGGCUAAUAAGGAAAAUCUGCAACUUCUGAAUUUAAUGUAUGAUGCUACUCCAUCAGAUUAUAUAUCUAUGAUUGUCACAGAUUACGGCAUGAUUCCACCCACAAGCGUGCCUGUCAUUGUGCGCGAAUAUGGGAGAGAGCACUUAUGGACAUAG